CUCACUCACACCCACUGCGCGCUUACACUGCGUGAGCUUCAUCACACAGACUUAGGAUGGAAACCUUAAUGUCGUUAAAAAUGAGAAACUGCUGCAGUGUCGUGGCUCUGGCUUCGGUCAUCUGUCUCGUCUUUUUCCAAGGAGUGACUUGCGACACUACACUUGAGCCCCAUACCGUGAGGUCAGAAUCUGCUCCCAGCCUUCAGGCUGCACCUGUUCGUGGAGAUAAUCUUCAUCCUACACAAGCAACAAAUAGAUCUGGUGACCAGUUUCCAGUUUACCCCACUAUGCAAGACCAGACCAAAGCACAAAGCACAACAAGCCCUGAGGUUAAACAGGAUGGGACCACCCAGAGCCACAUAUCUACUACAGUGGCAGAGCCUGAAGCACAGCUGGACACAAAAGCUCCUCAGCACAUCACCACCAACCAGCCUGAUGCCAAAGCUAGCAUUAAACAUAUGGAUCAAGUGGUGUGUGUGAAAGAGGCUGCAGUGAGAGGAAAAGAGGCUGUGAGACUGAAGCUGAAGGCCUCCUCCAGCUGUGAGGAGAACAAAGCAAAGAUUCAGAGUGUUCUAGAACAUCUCUGUGGUGACGACAGCAAGCUUGAGAUCUACCAGCAAGACCAUACUGAUGAGAUGAUCAUAUCAGGACAGUGCAUUAAAGAUGAUGCCAAAGGGAUGACUGAAAAGUUCAACAAUGAUAAUAUCAAAGAUAAGGUUGGAGUUGUGGAGGCUGUGCCCGUCUUGGUGAAGCACUCUCGGAUUGUCCUGGUCACUGUCCUGCUUGCCGGUCUGCUACUGGCCGCUCUGCUCAUUGUUGCAUACAUCCUGAAAACCCACCGCACUCAGGCUAAAGGAGUGCGCCUGGCUGAAGAGUCAUUCCAGGUAGAUGAACAGAACCAGGGGAACACUCUACUAUCUGUAGCCCCACUCCCACCUCAAGAACCCCUAGACAAGCCCACCAGUAAUGGCGAGUCUCCAGAGUCACCACCCACCAACGGCCACUCCCCUACCCAAACACCAGUGGCUGAUACUCCGAUGUAAAACCUGGGUCCACCAGCCUAGAAUCUGAUACUGAAUGUGAAGAAUCGUGGUUAUCAGUCACCUCAACUUCCAAAAUAACCAGACAUAAAGGACGAUUGUGAUGAAGAUAUGAAUAAUGAAGAUCCCAAUGAUCAUGAUGGCAAUACGGAAAGUGUAAACUAAACAGUGGAUGUGAAGUUAACAAUACUGUGAAGACAUGACUGAUUGCUUGAGCCAAAGAAGAAAGGCUCAGCUUAAAAAGCUGUCAAUGUUAGCACAGCUAAAAUGUUUUAAAACUCAGAUCUACUGGGAAAAUGUCCAGUAAGUUUUCCUGAACUUCAUAAUAUUACCACUUUUGAAAAAAAGAUGUUUCUCAUUGCUGCAUUUGUACCAUGAUUAGCCCUCCUGAAUUGAAUGCUGAUGCUAUUACUCUGUCAAUGCUCGUAUCAUGGAGGAAAUGCUAGCAGAUGGGUCGAUGCAGGACGGUCAGCCAGGCUGUCACAUUUAUUGAUAAAGACAGCAGCCUUAGAGGUGUUCUUUCAAGCAGGUCAAACUAAUCAAAUUGUAUUAUGGACUGUAUGAGUUAUAAAAAACAUAUUUUGAAAAGCAUGUUGAAAGUAUUAGUUGUAGACUUUAAGAUUUAAGGAAAGUUUGAACAUAGAAUGGAAUUAUGGAAAGAACAACCAACACUUUCACUAAUAGUCCUCUUCUUUUAGCUCCACUGGCAUCAUACUGUAAUGAAGAAAUGGAACAAUAGCAUUUUUGGAAAACGUCCAGGCACUUAAGUUUGCAGUUCUUCACUAUAAGCUUUUGCCAACUGGAAUAUGUGAGAUAUAAUGGAGAAAGGGAUCAGCCAAUUCACUGUUACUUUUGAUGCUAACAACCCACUGCUUUUAUUUACAUAUGCUGGAUCUUUCUCCUAUCUGUUAGCAUUAGAGGGAUAUUUAUAGUUGUAGAAGCUUCAGCUUACAUAAGUUCAAUUUCAGACUGUAUUUUUAUAGUGUUUUACUUGCUUUUAGAGUGCUCUGCUUCCAGACUAAAAGAGUGCUUUGUAUUAAACCAAACAGGGCUAUUGUGAAAGGCAGACAGCAAACAAUUAAGUUAGUAAUUAUCGUCUUUUUUACAUAAUCUAUUUUUGUAUUUGACCUCUUUAUAUUGCUUAUGUGUAAUUGUUUUGGAUGUCGCAUUGUUCAUAAUCUAAACCUCAGUCAUGUGUUAAGUAAUAGGAGGUUUUACAAUAGGAUUCUUGUGAUAUUGUAUGUAUGCGUGUGCAUUCUUUUAUCAUUAGUAUAUCAGCUCUGUAUAAAGCAGGUCUGUAGAACCCCAUUCACAAGACUUUUAUUAUUUCAGCCUGUAAUAUGGGAUCAGGAUUCUGGGUAAGAGCUAUCAGUCUAAGAUGAGAUGUGAAGCAGUCAGAAGGGUAGCAGUUCACACUGAGAAAGAUCAGUGAAUAAGUCAACUGUCAGUUCGCUUCAAGAGGCAAUUGCUGAUGGAGCUCUGAACAAUUAAUUUGGUGUGUCAUAGCAAUUGAGCUAUCCUUGUUUUGUAGCUACUGUUGCAAACAACAACCCUGGCCAAAAUCCUAUUCAAUUUACACAUUGUGGUUGCACACAACGUGUAAAUCUAGGGUAUGUAAUUCAUUUAAAUGCUAUUUCUUAUUAUUUUAAUAGUAUUGAUGUACUGUUUUUCUUGAAACUGAGAAAAAAAAGCAUGGUGGCCUAUUCAUUGUUGUUGUUUCCAACCUGCUUAGUUUUGUUUAGCUACAUCCUUGAAAAAUGUUUCUUUGUUUUCUUUUUUUGUAAAGACAACAUAUAUGCACUGUUAAAGGUACCACAAAAGGAUCUUUACAUGAUGCCAUGGAAGAACCCUUUUUGGUUCCCUAAACAUCCAUUUUUGUAAAUGAGAUAUGUGAGAAUGAAGAACCUUAGUAAACGUUAAAGAACUUCAAAAACCUUCAUACUCACACAUCUCAUUUACAAAAGAGAUUCUUUAGGAAACCAAAGUGGUUCUUCCAUGGCGUCACUCAAAGAACCCUUUGUAGCACCUUUUAUGGAGUGUGUAUAGAACUGUGAACACUCAAACAGCAAAUCUGAAUGCAUAAAAGGUUUAAAAGGUUCUUCUCUGUUGUAUGUAGUUCCUUAAAAAUGGUUCUAUAAUGCAUCUAACAGAUAUAGAACCUUUUCUGGUACUACAUAGAUCCUUUUUUGCUAAGAGUAUACACUGUGAAAAAUGUUUAGUCAGUUCAGCCUAACAAAAAAGUUUCAUGUUGUAACAAGCAGUUUAACUAGUUUUCAGUCAAAUAAAAUUAAAUCACUACUUUGAAAAGAAGCAAAGAAAGAUGAACAAAAGCAACAUUUUUUCGCUGAUCAAAACCACACAAACACUUUAAACAGGUGUGGCGCCACACCUUCAACAGUGAAAACUUAUUGUUUCCAGAAAAAAAACACAACUGGCUGAAUGACAAAAUGCAAUUAUGCCACUGAAUAAAACUACCUUUAAUGUCAUACUAAAAACACGUCUCUAUAAACCUGACGAACAGUGUCGGUGUUAGUUUUGACCCUGCACUUCACUGGGUUCAGCCUCAGAUAGCAAACACCUCUGAAGACCAUCAGGCCGCUUUCAAAGCAGGUUAAUUUUUUAAAGUCGGCACUAAUUUUGCAGGGAAGCAAGCGCUCUGCUAUUCCCACAUUUGCUAACAUAAAAUUAGAAAAUAGAGCUGGUUAUCAUCUAUGUGUAUCACAAUCAGCAGUAUUAAUAAACCUUACUUGAUAUUAGUCUCUUUAUGUUUGGUUUACCAACUGAAUGCAUGUCGCUGAUGUUCGGACCAUUUUCAUGUCGCUGAUGUUUGGACAAAAAUAUGCCCUGUGAUCCAUGUGCCAGAAUCAAACGCAUUUUUGCUAUUGUUUUAUUGCUUGUUGGCCUUUAUUAACAUCAGCUGUGCUGCAAGAAUGAUAAAAGCACUCUUAGUUUAGUGGUAGCAGUAAGAAAUAUUAAUACUAACAUUUAACAAAUCCACAGUGUACUAGCAUAAAUUGUGGCCUAGUGCAUCAGUUCAUGUAUCACAGUAAAGGCAGUUUUACCAGAUCAGUGAGCUGCAGCUCCUCUUACUGAACAUGAACUCAUAAAGAAUUUACUGUUCAGGAAAUGUCGCACCUCCCUGCUAAAAUAGAGAUUCUGAUUGGUUUUACCGCUGUACCAAUAAUUUAAAAAGUGGUGAGUCAAAUGCCCACUCACCCCCCUGGUCCUGGCAGCCCUGACUUUAAAUGAACUGCUCUUACAGUGGAGACCAGCUCAGUAGUAUAAACUGGAAACAUUAUUCAACCAUUUAACAACUUUAAACAAAAUGUGUUACAGUUUCUCUUAGGAUUAAAUGGGAUUUUUGUCAGCGUUCUGUACAGCUUGUCCAACAUGGCACAUUUCUGGGCAGAGCAUGUAUGGACCAUCUAUACCACUGAUGCCACUAAUAUUAUUUCCCACUCUGCAACAGACAUGACUAUAGAAAAACUGAUUUAGAAGAUACAGCAGUGUGAUUUAACUCAAAGUGAAUAAGAAGUACUUGCUUUUGUUUGGCUGAAGUGAAGCAAACUGAAUAGGCCUCUUGAAGACGCUCAGCUCUGUAGACAGUCUAACUCCUUUGUGUACUAUACUAUGUGUCUGUAUUUGGUUUGCUUUGCAGUGUUUGUUUUGAAAAUGUUUUAAUCAUUUACUUCAGAGCUUCCAUUUUUUCAUUUAUGGAAUAAAAACUAAACCCAUUUUCA